ACUGCUGUUGAAACAUCUUUCUGAUAGUGUCUCAUCAGCUAAGUACCAACUGAGUAUAUUUUUAACAUUCUAAAAAAUAAUAAUAUUAAAAAGCUGUAAACAAAGAGGUAUUUAAACACUUCGUAACCACUCCGCAUUCGGCUGUAAGUCGCCAGUGAACACAGUCACUCCUUUGGUCGAAACACCUGCGCAGUGAAAAUUAAAAGCCUUUCCCCCUGGGCUACAAUUCCUGCUCUUCCAGUGAAGAAAUGGCUUUUAUCUGUCACCGUAUGCCAGCUGACCUUUCCUUGUAGCACUUGUUUCGUAGCUUUUUUGUAAUUGAUCCUCCUGCAGCAGCCGUUCUUCUUCACUUUAGGGCUAUUACUGCUUUUAGACAGCUAAUGCAAAGAUGGCGGAUGAAGAGAAGAGUGGUGAGCCGGGGCAGGACAAAAACGAGCUGCAAAUUUUAGAGGAGCUCGUGGAUGACCUGUAUAAAUUUAGAGAUUGCUAUUUUGAGACUCACCCUGUGGAGGAAGCUGGGAGGAAACAAAGCGAUGUAGCGCAAGAGAUGGAGAAGAUGCUGAAGAAGCUGGAGGAGAAAGAAGGUGAUUUAAAACACAAAGCAGAGUUUCUGCUGCAGAAGGGCAGGUGUCUUAAUAUAGCCCCCGACUUCAGCACUGAAGCAGAAGAGUGCCUCUCACGGGCCGUGAAGCUGGAGCCGGGCCUGGUGGACGGCUGGAACACGUUAGGGGAGCAGUACUGGAAAAAAGGAGACCUGAUCGGCGCCAAGAACUGCUUCACUGGAGCCUUGCAGCAGAGCAAGAACAAAGUGUCUCUACGUAACCUGUCCAUGGUGUUGAGACAGCUGCCGUCGGUGGACAGGGAAGCUCAUGGAAAGCAGGUGAUGGAGAGUGUGGACAUGGCCAGGCAGGCGGUGCAGCUUGACGUCACAGAUGGGACGUCCUGGUAUAUCCUCGGAAACGCCUACGUGUCCCUCUUCUUCUCUUGUGGACAGAAUCCACAGUUGUCUCAACAAGCUCUAAGUGCCUACGCACAAUCCGAGAAAGUGGACAGAGCGGCCUCCUGUUACCCGGAGCUGCAUUUCAACAGAUCCACUCUGUUCCAGUACGAGGAGAUGUUCGGCUCCGCGCUCGGUGGCUACAGCCGAGCGGCGGCUCUCGACCCGGGCUGGGAGGAGCCCCCGGACAGAGAGAAGCAGCUGCUGGAGUAUCUGAGGAAAGUCACAGAGCUCAUACAGAACAAGGGGAAGGUGAAGGCACGUCGGUUACGGACGAUGCUCUCCUCUCUCAACACGUCUUCAUUGGGGCCCUGCUCCUCCCCUCAGUUCCGCUCCCCAUCAGGCCGCAUCGGCAGCCUGGAGCCCCGAACUCUUUCCUCCCUCACGCACGGUCACCACCCUGGUUUGGCCGCCAUGGGCAAGGUGGUGUUCAGUCUGGCCUCUGAGGGUCGCAUGGCCUUCACGUUCGGCAUGGUGGACAGCGAGGAGACGUGUAUAGUGGUGAUGGUUUACAACACGGCGGACAGCUGGGGCGUCCUGAUCGGAGACACUGUAGUCAUUCCUGAACCUCAGGUCAAACGAAACAGCAUAACGCACAAAGACGAGUCAUUUGACUUCAGAAGUAUACGAGUGGACUCUCCGCUGCUCCUCAUCGUCAACGGAAAGAAACAGAACGUCCACAGUCAGAUCGCCGCCUCGGUCAGCUACAAACCCCAGAGCGAAUGAGCUGGACACGUGAAAGGACCAAAUGUUGAACUGAGAGGAAAAAAAGGUUGGAAAGUUACGGAGAUGUGAAGUGUCCAAAGUUUGUGCCUGUUUUAUGAGCUGUUUGUAAAUAUUUCACCUCGUUAUUUUGUCUGUAGAGAAACACUUUGUGUAUAUUUAUAAAUAUUCCUUCUUUUUUUGUAAUUCUGUUUUUGUUGAAAAUAAUGAAAUCCUUUUGUCUUAAAUAUUUUGUUUGUGUGGUGUUUUAAAACAACUGUUUUCUUUACAGUACGUAUUAACAGUUGUAUAUGGAGGAAAAGCUCAGGUGGUACUCACUGUGAUUAUUACAUUAUUAUUAAAGUAAAACACACAGACUCUGUGAAGCCAUGCGUUUAAUCAUGUGAAACUUUGAAUUUUGUAUCUUCAAAACUAAUGAGUUAUUAAAAUAGUUUGUGCAGAUAGA